CCGCUUAUGAUCACACAUGUUCUUUUUUAAAACUCUAGGUGUUAAUAGGCUCAGUCCUUCUGGCACAUUAAAUGUCACAAGAUUCACACAUUGACCACUAACAGUUUCAUUCUGAGUUCAGUUCAAACUUUAGUUUUAAAAAGCAGGCUGUUGAAAUGCACAGCACUGCAGCAUAAACAGUCUGAAACUAGAACAGCCUAGCAUUAACACAGUGUUAUGAUGUAUGACAUUAAGAGAUCAGAGAUAACUGAAGUUAUAUAUGAUGAUGUGAUGAUGACUGAGACUGUGGAAAUGGACAGAGGAGAAAGAGUGGAGAUGAUGGUGGAUAUCUAUGAGAGUGCAGAUACUGUGAGACAUCAUGAUCUGAGGACAAACACAGAGAGACAUCAGCCACUGCAACACACAGGAAGUGUCUCAGUGAAGAACAGAAAGCACAGAGCAGUUGAAGUGUGUUUGUGUCUGCUGUGUGUUCUUCUGCUGACUGCUGUAAUGGUGCUCUGUAUGUAUUUCACCACCGAGAGAAAACAGUUUCUAACCGUUAUCAAUAACCUGACUGAGGAAAGACACCAGAUACUUACCAAAUAUGAGCAGAUACUGAACCAUAGCAAUAAUCUGACUGCAGAAAGAGAGCAGAUAAAAAACAAGAUUGAUGAACUCCAACGUGGCCUUUAUGAACAAGGUAAUUUUGUUUUAUCCUCAUUAAAUCAUUAAAAAAUCAUCUUUUUUCUACCAUCCCGCUUCAAUAAAAAUAAGCAUUGACUUAAACAUCAACUUUCUGUUCAUCAAUACUGCUUAAAUACAUUUCAACAUGGACAAAGCUAAACUAAUAUAUCUAAACUGGUGUAUUAAUAGAUCAGCGUGCUGACAACUUUAAAUGGAUCUACUACAACUUCAGUUUUUAUUAUAUUUCAUCUGAGGAGAAGAGAUGGAAUGACAGCAGACGAGCCUGUCAACAGAGAGGAGCAGAUCUAGUGAUCAUAAACAGCCAAGAGGAGCAAGUGAGUGAGAAAGAAAAUUUUGUGUUUGUUUGUGCACAUUUACACGAAUAGGUUGGUCUGUUUUAACUAGUGAGAGAAAGGUGUAUUACUGUAAUUGUAAUUAUUAUUAUUACUAUUACAUAUACAAUAUUUUACUGCUCUGUCGUAACAGGAGUUUUUGAAGAAGGUUGUUGUUGAUAAUAAGAGUAAUUUUUGGAUUGGUCUGAGAACAACAGAGGGAGUAUGGAAAUGGA